CCCGCGCGCGCCCGCUCCGCGCCCCCCCCCCCCGCCCCGCGGCCCCGGGAGCGCGGAUCGCCGAGCCCGGGGUGGGCCCGGCCGGCGCGGCCUCGGCCGCCCCAAGUUUGGCAGUUGCACUAGUUGUCGGGGUGGCAGAGGCCGGGAGCCCGCCAUGGAGGAGGAGCGGGGGUCGGCUCUGGCGGCCGAGUCGGCGCUGGAGAAGAACGUGGCCGAGCUGAACGUCAUGGACGUGUACGACAUCGCGUCGCUCGUGGGCCACGAGUUCGAGCGGGUCAUCGACCAGCACGGGUGCGAGGCCAUCGCGCGCCUGAUGCCCAAGGUCGUGCGGGUCCUGGAGAUCCUGGAGGUGCUGGUCAGUCGCCACCACGUCGCGCCCGAGCUGGACGAGCUGCGCCUGGAGCUCGACCGCCUGCGCGUGGAGCGCAUGGAUCGCAUCGAGAAGGAGCGCAAGCACCAGAAGGAGCUGGAGCUAGUGGAGGACGUGUGGCGUGGGGAAGCCCAGGACCUCCUGUCACAGAUUGCUCAGCUGCAGGAGGAGAACAAGCAGCUCAUGACCAACCUCAACCACAAGGAUGUGGGCUUCUCUGAGGACGAGUUCCAGAAGCAUGAAGGCAUGUCAGAGCGGGAGCGACAGGUGAUGAAGAAGCUGAAGGAAGUGGUGGACAAGCAACGGGACGAGAUCCGUGCCAAGGACCGGGAGCUGGGCCUGAAAAACGAGGACGUGGAGGCCCUACAGCAGCAGCAGACGCGGCUAAUGAAGAUCAACCAUGACCUGCGGCACCGGGUCACCGUGGUGGAGGCUCAGGGGAAGGCCCUGAUCGAGCAGAAGGUGGAGCUGGAGGCAGAUCUGCAGACCAAGGAGCAGGAGAUGGGCAGCCUUCGAGCAGAGCUUGGGAAGCUUCGAGAGCGGCUGCAGGGGGAGCUCAGGCCGGAUGGAGAGGAAGAGCCCGAGAUGGAGCCCAGUGGAGAGGUGGGCGUCUCAGAUGCGGAGAAGGUGGCCCUGGAUCUCAAGGACCCCAACCGCCCCCGGUUCACGCUGCAGGAGCUGCGGGACGUGCUGCAUGAGAGGAAUGAGCUCAAGUCCAAGGUAUUCUUGCUGCAAGAGGAACUGGCCUACUAUAAGAGUGAAGAAUUAGAAGAGGAAAAUCGAAUACCCCCACCUCUACCCAUGGCACACCCGAAAAUGUCCCCCCAACCGGAGUCUGGGAUCAAGCGACUUAAAGAAGGUUCUAUAAGUGACGGGUUUAGCUUCUUCUCACGGGACAAGAAGCGCCUGGCCAACACGCAGAGGAACUCACACAUCCAUGAGUCCUUUGGUCAGUGGGCAAACACCCACCGAGACGACGGGUACACGGAGCAAGGGCAGGAAGCUCUGCAGCACCUGUGACCUUGGGCCCACAAGUGUCCUCUGCCUAUUCAGGGUCCCUGCCUCAUGCCUCUGGGGGCAGGCACACUCUCAAAAUGGACCCUUCAAACAAACUGCUUUGAGGAUGGACAUUGGAAAGCUGAUGCCAAACUCUAAAGAAAGGUUUAUUUAUGCCCUGGGCUAUCACCGUUUAUAAUAGAUGCCUCUGACCCCUAGGAUAUAUAUUUAAUAGUCCUAUGAACUGAAGCCACCUAUAGCAUUAACUUUAGUAACCAGCUUCUUCCAGCCAAAUACACCACUCGCCGUUCUAAUAGCUAUUUAACUUGCUUUGUAUAGUUUAGGUGUAGAGUUUUAUGCGCGCCUUUGUCUUACUUGAGCCGGGAGGCAGGGAAAUGGCAGCUUUUUAUUAUCAUGAAAUUGCCAGGGAAAUAGCUGUUACACAAGAUGGAGCGACUGGACACAGGAUGAGCAACUCCAACUCCAACACAAAUGGACAGGACAUGAGUCCUCCCACUCAGACCAGAGACAACCCUGCAAGAGGCAGCAGCUGUUCCUGAGCAGACUGGAGCAGGGAGCCUGGUCUGAGGCAGUGUGCCUUGGAAUCUGCUUUGAGUUAGCACUAACCAAACAAAGUUGCCGAGGAUGACAUGUUGCAACA